UUUGGCGCGCAUCCCAACAGCCGCCGCCACCGCCGCUGCCGCUCGGCCACCGCCACCGCCCAACCCUAACAGAGCUCCCCCUCCGCCUUCCCUCCGGUCGCCGGACUGCCUGGUCUGGCCGCGGCAGCGGUUUCGGGACGCUUGAUUGGCGGUGUGCUCGGAGGACGAAGGAGGGACAUGGAGGGAGUCGCCAAGCCGUCCACGACGAGCUCGGGGUCGGGGGUCACGGAUGGGCCCUCCUCCGCCGCGGCCUCCACCGAGGAGAGGUUCGCCGAUCUGUGCAAGAGCAAGCUGGGACUGGACGAGAGCACGACGAGGCAGGCAAUGCAGCUUUUCAAGGAGACCAAGAACAUCCUCAAGUCCAGCGUGUCUUCCUUGGGCGGCGGAUCGCCCGAGGAGAUCGAGAGGUUCUGGUCUGCCUGUGUUCUUUACUGUGUGUCAAGGCUCAGCAAAGCGGGGAGGUCGAAGGAAGAUGGCAGUGUCUCACUUUGCCAGAUCUUGAGGGCGUCUAAGCUGAAUAUCGUGGAUUUUUUCAAGGAGAUGCCACAGUUCUGCUUAAAGGUUGCACACGUUUUGACUGGCCUAUAUGGUUCAGAUUGGGAAAAGAGGCUUGAGUUGAAGGAACUGCAAGCAAAUGUUGUCCAUUUAAGCUUGCUAAGCAGGCAUUACAAGCGUGCAUACCAGGAGCUAUUCUUGUCAAAUGAUGGCAAGUGUUCAGGCAAUUCUUCAGAAUUAAUCAACCAAGAGGCUUCUGAUUAUUAUCGCUUUGGAUGGUUGCUCUUUUUAGCCCUAAGAAUCCAAACAUUCAGCAGAUUCAAGGAUCUUGUGACAUCCACGAAUGAACUGGUUUCUGUGUUGGCUGUACUUAUCAUUCAUGUUCCUGUGCGGCUAAGGAACUUUGAUAUAAAGGAUUCAUCCUACUUUGCUAAGAAGUCAGAUAGGGGAGUCAGUCUUAUUGCUUCUCUGUGUGAAAAAUAUCAUACCUCAGAAGAUGAGUUGAGCAAAGCACUGGAGAAGACAAAUACUCUCAUAAUGGAUGUUCUGAAAAAGAAGCCAUGCCCAGCUACUUCAGCAUGCCAACAGGAUAAUUUGUCUUUCAUUGAUCCAGAAGGCUUGACAGUUUUUAAGGAUUUUCUUCAGGGAGACUCAUUAAAAUCAAGUCUGCUAAUCCUGGAAAAAGAAUAUGAAAAUGCAAUUAACACAAAAGGCGAGCUAGAUGAGCGCAUGUUUGCUAAUGAUGAGGACAGUUUACUUGGCAGUGGAAGCCUUUCAGGUGGAGCCAUUAAUUUACCAGGCACAAAGAGAAAGUAUGAUGUUAUGGCCUCACCUGCAAAAUCAAUAUCAAGCCCAAAUCCAAUGUCUCCUCCACGUUUUUGUCUAUCUCCUAAAGGAAGCAACUUUUGCAACUCAAAGAUGGCUCCUAUCACUCCAGUGAGCACAGCCAUGACAACUGCCAAGUGGCUUCGGAGUACUGUAUCUCCCCUUCCAUCAAAACCUUCUGGGGAACUAUUGCGCUUCUUCUCAGCAUGUGAUAAGGAUCUAACUGAUGACAUUGCACACAGAGCUGGGAUUAUACUUGGAGCCAUAUUCACGAGCAGUUCUUUUGGUGAACGGAUCUGCACUAAUAUGCGAAGCGCAAAUAGGAUGGAUGCUAUCUGGACAGAGCAAAGAAAAAUGGAAGCCCUUAAGCUAUAUUAUAGGGUUUUGGAAUCUAUGUGUAGGGCGGAGUCACAGAUCUUGAGUGGGAACAAUCUUACAUCACUUUUGUCUAAUGAGCGUUUCCAUCGGUGUAUGAUUGCAUGUUCUGCAGAGUUAGUUCUUGCAACUCACAAGACUGUCACUAUGAUGUUCCCAGCUGUGUUGGAGAAGACGGGCAUUACAGCCUUUGACUUGAGUAAAGUCAUAGAGGGUUUUGUUCGGCAUGAAGAUACACUCCCAAGAGAGUUGAAGCGCCAUCUGAAUUCUCUUGAGGAACGGCUGCUGGAAAGCAUGGCAUGGGAGAAAGGGUCAUCAAUGUACAAUUCCUUAAUUGUUGCUAGGCCGGCACUGUCUGUAGAAAUAAACCGGUUAGGUUUACUGGCUGAACCAAUGCCAUCACUUGAUGCAAUUGCAGCACAUCAUAAUAUCUCAUUGGGUGGCCUGCCACCUCUUCCCUUCCAGAAACAGGACCGUUUGCAAGAUAAAGAUGAAGUCAGGUCUCCCAAAAGGGCAUGCACUGAGAGGAGAAAUGUGCUGGUGGACAGCAAUUCAUUUCGAUCACCAGUGAAGGACAUUAUUAAAUCAAAGUUACCACCUCCUCUUCAAUCAGCUUUUGCAAGUCCAACAAGACCGAAUCCUGCAGCGGGAGGUGAAACAUGCGCAGAGACAGGAAUAGGUGUGUUCUUUAGCAAGAUAGCAAAACUCGCAGCCAUUAGAAUCAGAAGUCUCUGUGAAAGACUGCAACUUUCUCAGCAAGUUCUGGAGCGAGUAUAUUCCCUUGUCCAGCAAAUCCUUAGCCAACAGACUGGUCUUUUCUUCAACAGGCACAUUGAUCAGAUCAUACUAUGCAGCAUAUAUGGAGUUGCCAAGAUCUCUCAACUGGAACUUUCAUUCAAGGAGAUUAUUUUCGGCUACAGGAAACAACCUCAAUGCAAGCCACAAGUUUUCCGAAGUGUUUAUGUUCAUUGGCCCCCAAGAAGCCGUAAUGGGAAAACAGGAGAAGAUCAUGUGGAUAUUAUCACUUUCUACAAUGAAGUAUUUAUUCCUGCUGUCAAGCCUUUGUUAGUGGAGGUAGGACCUGGUGCUAGUCCAAAGAAGAAAGAAGAGGAAAAAGGUUCUGCUGAUGUAGGUCCAUACCCAGAAUCUCCUCGGCUAGCUCGGUUUCCAAACCUUCCUGACAUGUCUCCAAAGAAGGUUUCUGCUACUCAUAAUGUGUAUGUCUCACCACUUCGAUCGUCAAAGAUGGAUACUUUGCUCUCCCCAAGCUCAAAGAGCUACUACGCAUGUGUCGGCGAGAGUACCUAUGCGUUUCAAAGCCCCUCCAAGGACCUGAAGGCUAUCAAUAACCGCCUAAAUAGUGUGUCCAGUGGGAAGAAAGUUAACGGACGACUGAACUUUGAUGUUGUCAGUGAUCUGGUUGUCGCCAGUAGCCUCAGCAGCGAUCAAAAUGCCAAGCCGGCAGCCACGGAAGUGGUUCCCAUCAAGACACCGGUGAAAUGCGAGCCAUCUGACUCGUGAUUGACUGUCACGCUGCAUCGCCAAUCCAGUACAACCUAUUAUAAAUUGUUAGGUUUCAGAUGCUCUGAUCUAGAUAUUAGAUGGCCCUUAUUUUUGUUUGUGUUUUUUACAUGGGAAACAUCUCUGUGAGCAGCUCUACCUUCUGUAAAAUAUAAGAAAGCUGCCCUGAGAGCUCCCUUAACCCAACUCGCUUUGUAAGAGAGAAUAUAAGUACCAUAGCCAUGUAACUUCAUAAGUUUUGAAAGGUUCUGUAAAUACAAAAUGAUCAUUUGUCAACUCCUUA